CAUUGGCUAAGACAAUUCUCUACAUUAUUUAACACUCGGUACACCUACUCGCGGAAAUCAGGACGAAAUUAAGGAGAAAGAUAUCUAACAUCCCAAAUCCACCCAGUGACAACACCGUUCCAAGACUCUGACGUCUUUAAAGUAGUCUGAACAUACGCCACUCAAGCUGCAAGCGCCUGCAGAGUUUCGACUCCAAGAAGCGGCAGUUGCAGACGACCGAGCAGACGGCCUAGUGGCACUCCUGAAAAGUCGGUCCACAACACUUGCAACACCCCGCUGUAACCAUGGCAAUGCUUGGAUUCUUGAAAUCAGCUGGACGCGUGACCCACGCAAGGAACUCGUUCCCAUUCCUCUACAAUUCCUUGAGGCAAGCAGCAGCUCCUUCGCUCUUCAGGAUGAUGAGUGCCCUCGCCAGUCAAAAUGAUGUGCUCUUCAGGCAGUGAAUACCCAUGUUCAUGCUGACCACAUCACUGGAACAGGCCUCCUGAAAAAGCUUGUGCCUGGCUGUCUGUCAGUCAUAGCAGAGGUCUCAGGAGCAGAAGCUGAUAAGCUUGUCAAACAUGGAGAGACUGUGCAGUUUGGUGAGCAUGAACUUGAGGUCAGAUGCACACCAGGUCACACAAAUGGCUGUGUGACUUACGUUAGCCACAACUUGAAGUCUGCCUUUACUGGCGAUGCUCUCCUGAUCCGGGGGUGUGGGAGGACCGACUUCCAAGAGGGUAGUGCAGAGAAGCUUUAUGAAUCCGUGCAUGACCAGAUUCUCAGCCUUCCUGAAGAUUAUGUUGUGUACCCAGCUCAUGAUUAUAAGGGCAAUACUUCAUCAUCUGUCGGUGAGGAGAAGCAGUUCAACCCUCGCCUUACCAAGCCAAAGGAUGAAUUCAUUGAGAUCAUGAACAACCUUGGUCUGCCAUAUCCCAAGAAGAUUGAUAUUUCCCUGCCACCAAACAAGGUCUGUGGACUUUACAACUUGCCGGAUGAACUUGCUGCAAAGUUGGAGGAUUAAUAAAGAUUUCAGGAAAUGAAUGAAAAGAAAAAAGAAAUUUGAUUAUACAUUUUAAUUGAUUGGUUAUGUAUGCUUUUUCUGUUGUCAAAGUAUAUUUUAAAAAAAUAAAAUCAAAGGUGUUGGUAAAGCUAUAUUUACUAAUUUUAGCUAAAAUCUGUGAUGUAUUGGAUGCAUAAAGUAUGGGAUAAUAUGGAAUGGAUAAAGGAUUUGUAGGAUUGGAUAUCUUGGGAAAUAUUUACCAGAGAAAUUUGCAAAGUAGUUCAUGAAAGCAUUCAACAAAGUAAAAAAAAAAACUAAUGUUAAUAGUACAGAUUUUAGUUUGAGUGUCACAUGAAUGCAAACAGUAACAGCUUUUAUUUCCCAUGCAAUUUUUUGUGAUUUCUUGUCCAAAAUCUUUUGUCUGUGUGUGAUUUGAAGGCAGAAAUUAAAAAAUGUCUUUUUCUUGAGUGAGGUAGACAAUAUUAUUUUUAUAAAUAAUUGGAACAUAUUUAGUUAAGAUAGUUUUGAUAUUACUACAAAGCAAGCUGCAAUACUGUUCAUGAUCUGAGUGCAACACAUCUUUACUCAAGUUAUUUUAUUUAUCUUUUAUCCUUGUAUCCUGUAAUAGCUGUCAUAAACUCACCUCAGAUAACAUUAAACCUCCACAAGCUUGAACCAGAUAUGUGUUAUUGCACUUAAAUGACAAUCUAGCAUUACCCAAAUAUUUUUAGAUAUGAAGGAAAACAGUGGUUACCUUUUUUAUUUAAAAAAAAAUCAAACAGUACACUUUUUACAAUAGAGCAAUUUAGUCUACAAGUAGUGAUGGUGUUAUAAUGCACUUUUGGUUAUGGAAAUAAAUGGGAUAUUUAUAUCUUU